AUGAUUAGAGAUGAAUUUUCAUUAAUAGUAUUAACUGAAUAUAUUAGUACAGAAUAUCCAUUUAAAUCAUACCUUAAAGAUACUGUCAACUUAACACCUCUUUUUAAACAAUCAUUAGAGAUGAAAAGUCGUGCUUUGUUACAAUUUUAUUUAGAAAUUAAAUCACUUCCAGAUGAAGAUUUAACUCCAGUUUUAUCUUCUCUUCUUAAAGAACUUCAUGAUUCACCAACUGAACAAACAUAUUCUUUUACAUCAUUUUUAAUUGAAAGAAUGAUUGGACUUGGACUUCUUUCAGAUAAUAUUGUAUAUGAUUAUGUUAUUGUAUUAUUAAAAUUAUAUCUUUCUUCUUCGAAAUUACUUCCUGGAGUUAUUCAGUCUUUACUUCUUCUUUCAGAAAGUAAAAUGAAACAACAAUUUCUUGAUGUUUUAAAUCAUUAUAGACUAUCUCAACAAUUAACUUUAGACCAACAACAUUUUCUCUCCUUCUUCUUUGAAGGAGAACAAUCAAAUGAAUAUCAAUAUGAUAAUAUUGUUUAUCAUAUAGAUCUUUCUUUUAUUAUCUCUAAAAUUGAGUCAUUAUAUAUUUCUCAAAAAUCAAAUCAUUACGUAUUAAUUAAAGCAGAUAAUCAACUACCAUUAAGUAUUUCUCAAAUGUUAAAUAUCAUUCAAUUUCUUUCAAAUGAACUUCAUUCAAAUCCAUUAAAUUCUCUUCAUUCAUUAAAAAUUGUUUUAUCAAAUCUUCUUAAUUUGACUCAUCCAUUAUCUCCUGACUUUCUUCAUUCUGAUAAACUCAUAUCAAUUCUUUUUGAUAUUAUUCCAAUAUUAUGUUCUUUUCAUCCUGACACAUUUUCUUUGAUUUAUUCAAUUAAAGAAGUUCUUUAUUAUGACCUUAUUCUAUUAGUAAAUCUUUCAUCAAGUUUUCCUUGUCUUCAAAUAAAUGCAAAUCAAUUAUUACUAGAACAUUUUCCAUUAUUAAAAGACAACUUAAUUACAUGUUCAUUAUGUUUCUGUUGUUUUUCUUGCUUUAAUUAUUAUAAUCCAAUCUUUACAGAUGAUACAUUAACUUCAAUAUUAGAAUAUUGUGUUGAAUUAUUCUUUGAAAAUGAUGAAUUUCAAAUAGAUGCUUUUAUAACACAAACUGAAUUUAAUAGAUUCAUUCCAUUAACAUCUAAAAUACUUCCAUUUACUUCUCAAGUUACAACACCAUUCUUACAUUGUAUCGAGCAUUCUUUUAUUUGUUUUUCUUCAUUAAAGAUUUUUCUUAACUUUCUUAAGAAAUGUCAAAUUCUUUAUGAUGAAAUAGCAGAAAGAGGUUCAGUUAAAAGAAGAGACCUUAUUAAUUACAUUAAACAACAUAAUCCUUUACUUUGUCUUGAAAUAAUUAUUGGAUAUUUAGAAUCAUCAUCAAUAAUAAUGGAAAAAUUAUAUAGUAAACGUGAACGACUACAAUAUUGUGGAUUAGUUAAUAACGCAAUUCAAUUAGCAAACAAAAUGAUUGAACUUAUUUCACUUAAAUUUACAAAUAAUACUCAAUUUAUUUCUGAGGUAGAAAGAAUACGAAAUAAAUUACUUAGUGUAACUGAGAAUAAUGAUUUAAUUAAAAAAUUCAUCAAUUCAAAUUACUUUAAAUUAAUUAUUCCUGAAGAAGAACCAAAAAUUGAUUUAAUUGAAAAAAUGAAAGGAGAAUUAAAUAAAAAUGAAAAUAAAUAA